CCGUCCCACUCAUCUCCCGGCCAACCAUCCCCUCCCCAUCCCUCUGACCUCAACCUGCAACUGAGAUCCAUCGACGUUCCUUGCUGAUGGCUGCCCGAGCUAUGAGAAUAAUCGGCCUCCAACCGCCUCGGCCGCUCACCAACACGCCCACCUGCAGUUCAGUUCAAUCUGGUUUGUUGAAGAAGGUCGACUCUAUCCUGGACAGCACACAGCCUCCUCCCAGUGGGGCCCAUCACGCUCAGGUCGUUCGUCGCUGCCACCUCCGGCCGUUCAACUACGCAGCGCUAAGACGUUCAUCGCCAUCAGAAACAGCGACGAGCACGAAGACACCCCCUCAUGCUCAGUGCUCUGUCCGGCAUAACACAAGAAGUUCAUGUAAAACAGCUGCGAACAUUCAGAGAUUAGCUCGCCCCUCCUCCAUCGAUGGCCUACACCGGCCGCUAGAACCCGUCCAGGUGCUGGUCGUCAUCCUCUAUCUUCAAUUACGAGUCAGCAACAAUGCUGCGAAUAGAAAGGUCAGCAUCUGGCCCUCUAGAAGUUCAGUUUGUUGUUUUUCUGAAGUUUUUAAAUUGGACUAUAACCGUGUAUAUUUUGCAGGGCCCUGUGAAGUUCAAUUUGUUUUGCUUUUCGAAGUUCAGUUUGUUGAUUUUCUGAAGUUUGGAUUGUUAAUUUUUUUGAAGAGAAAGGUUGAUUCACUUGCACUCCUCUAUCUAGUCCUGUGUGGUGAUAUCCUCGACUCCUUGGUUCGGAGCUAGCAGCGGUUCUUCAACUUCCCUACUGCGUUGUCGCGAUUGUUGGUAAAUAAUCCUUGUUCUACUAUUGCCUUAUAGUAAUGCUGGAUGGGUUCCCCCUUGUUUUGGAACCAUAAUAAUACAAGUUUGUCUCUGCGCUCCUGUUCCUGUGAUUACAAUAGCAGAGAAAAGUACCAAGGGUCAGAACCAAACCAGAGUGAACCAUACCAAUUAGAACAUGGUCAUUUGGAACCAACUCUAAUCGUUUGUUCAUCUAACUGCAACAGAGCCAAAUUUUAUACUUUGUUCAUCUACGGUGCCAAGUUGAGCGGACGCUGUAGCACUCGAGAAGAUGGGGAGAGGAUGUGUGGUGAAGAGAAAACAUAGGGUUUCAAAAUUGUCCAUUGGUGGUAGCAUCUAAUCAUUUUAUCCAAAGUGUAACGGACAUGUGUAUGUAUGUACAGUAGCAUAUUUUAGUCGAACCGAGUUAUUUUUUUAAUGCACGAAGUUUGUGCAGCCAAAAAAACAUGUAUUAAACCGGUUUUUGUGUAUUUUUCUAACCUUUUCUACACCUUUCUA